AGACCAGACCAAUUGUGAAGUUGACGCUUCGACGCGAAGUAAUUUCUGUAUCUUAUCCUUAUCAUCACGUGGAUAAGAGAAGAAAGAAGUUGCAGGCGGAUGAAGCAAUCAGGCAACCUCCAAGAAUGUACCGUCAGCUUACGCACUGCAUUGACCACUUCUCCAUGCUGUUUGUCCUUCAACUGUGGAAAAAAAAAAAAAAUCAAACAUUCUCAUUCACACUACCUAUAUCAAAUCCUCACCGUCCAUUUGAACAGAAAAAAAUAUAAAAUUCAAAACCAUCUACCUGAAAACAAGCAUGCCCCGUAUGCAAAACUAAACAAGCCCCAAUUCUUGAUUCACUCUAUUACUUAUCACCUCCAUUGCGUGCUCCUUCUUCUUCAAUGUCUUCCUAUACCAGAUCGUACUCAUCUCAGCAGUCCUAUGCCCCUUCUGCACCGUCCCUGCCCGACUCUUUUGACCAGCAGGACCACUCAUAUUAUAGUUCUCCUCCUCCUCAUCCAAGUGACUAUAUUCGGCAGCAGCAGCAGCAGCAUCAACCGCCACCUUCUUAUGCGGCAGGAUAUGGGCAGAGUGAGUACUCUUAUGGGUACUCUGGUUUUGCACAGGGGACACAUCCAGAUGUGAUUAGGAGCUUUCAGAUGGUGGAUAGUGACAGGAGCGGAUAUAUAGAUGAGAACGAGUUGCAACUAGCUCUCUCUUCUGGGUACCAACGGUUCAAUAUUAGGACUAUUAGGCUGCUGAUAUUUCUCUUCAAGAAUCCAAAUGAUCCUCUGCGAAUUGGGCCUAAAGAGUUUGCUGCUUUGUGGAGUUGUCUUGAUCAAUGGCGAGUAAUAUUUGAGAGAUAUGAUAAAGACAGGAGUGGGAAAAUUGAUUUAUUUGAACUGAGGGAUGCCCUUUAUGGCAUUGGUUAUGCAAUGCCACCGUCUGUUCUCAAAGUUCUGAUUUCCAAGUAUGAUGAUGAAAGUGGCAGAAAGAUUGAACUCAAUUUUGACAAUUUUGUUGAAUGUGGUACGAUUCUUAAGGGUUUGACUGAGAAAUUUAAGCAGAAGGAUUCACGUUAUACUGGUACAGCAACCAUCAAUUAUGAUGAAUUCAUGUCCAUGCUCAUUCCUUUUCUUGUAUCAUAUGAUUGAUUCUGAAACUUCUCAUGUUAUCAUCUUUGUUUAGUCUUCUCCCCCUUCCCACUCUCUCUUAAUUUAUAUUCAAUUAUUUGAUUUUUUUUUUUUUUUUUGGGAUGAACUUUUCCAUCAUGUUAAGCUUCAUUUUUGAGAGAAACGGAAUUCAUGUCCAUAGUCAUUCCUUUUCUUGUAUCAUAUGAUUGAUUCUGAAACUUCUCAUGUUAUCAUCUUUGUUUAGUCUUCUCCCCCUUCCCACUAUCUCUUAAUUUAUAUUCAAUUAUUUGAUUUUUUUUUUUUUUUUGUUGGGAUGAACUUUUCCAUCAUGUUAAGCUUCAUUUUUGAGAGAAACGUGAAUAGAGACUCUGUUCAUCGGCCAA